GUCGCGUCCAAAAAAAUAAUUCCAAUUUUAAACGGGUGACAGAAUGGCGGUAUUAUUUUUCUUUUUAAUUUAAUUUUUUUUCGGUGCUGUGGAAUUGUGUUUUGAAGUGCUUGUAGUGCGUGAUGUAGCCAUGAUGUGGUUUGCUCUAUGGCAUUUUUUGCUGUUGAGCGACGUGUAUGCGGUGGUUGCUGGCUUCAACAUCAGUGUGGCUUUAGACGGACUUAAUGAUAUGUGGUUCCUCCGCUACCCGCCUCGAAAGUCUCUAGUCCGUCGCCAGCGCACCAUACCGGCCGAGAUGCCGUUCCCAUGCGCAGACGCACUGAGCUACGGCCGCAGCCAAUCCCCGCCCACCUCCGUGCACAGACUGCGACCUGGUGAUAUUGAUGUGGUGGCUGCGAUUGGCGACUCCUUGGUUGCUGGCAGUGGAGCGAUGGAGGAGCAUGCUUUGGGCGCCAUUAUCGAGUACAGAGGAGUUUCAUGGUGUGCAGGUGGCGACGGGACUUGGCGGGAAUUCCUGACUCUCCCGAACAUCCUGAAGGAAUUCAAUCCUGGCAUCCGAGGAUACUCGACCGGUACCGGAGAAUGGCUGGUCAGGAACGCGAGGUUCAAUGUUGCUUUCCCAGUAGCCUCUGAUGAAGAUGCCCUUAAGCAAGCCAAGAUAAUCGUUAACCGCAUGCGAGCCUCUCCCGACAUUGAUAUUGCGAACCACUGGAAGAUGAUCACAGUCUUCAUCGGAGCCAACGACAUUUGCUCAGCGUCCUGCCUCUCACCCGUCUCGUGGUCACCAGCAGCUCAUGCCGCGAAGUUGGCGAAAGCCCUGGAUUAUCUGCAAACUCAUCUACCUAGGACUCUAGUCAAUUUAGUGCCAGUACUAGACGUGUCGGUGUCAGUGCGCGUGCGCCGCCCGCCCAUGUGCCGGCUGAUGCACCCGCUGUUCUGCGCGUGCUUCCACCAGCGCGGCGGCGAGCUGCCCAGCAUGGUGCGCAUGUCUCGCCUCUACCAGAAAGCGGAGCAGAUGCUGGUGGACAGCGGCCGCUACAACACCCGAGAAGACUUCACGGUGGUGAUGCAGCCGUUCAUGCGGCUGUUCAACGCGCCGUUCCCGCCGACGCCGCCGCUGCCGCUGGUCAUACACCAAUCCUACAUCACGCACGAUUGUUUCCACUUCUCGCAGAAAGGACACGCUUUGGCUGCAAAUCUCCUGUGGAACAACUUGCUGGAGCCAGUCGGGAACAAGUCGCAGUCGUCGCCGCCCGUGCUCCUGCGCACGUUCCGCUGCCCGCCGCGCGCCGCGCCCUACAUCUUCACCGCGAGGAACUCGGAGGCUUACUUCCGCACCGGAAGGCAAGAUGGCGAUGAGUUAUGA